AUGUCUCUGCUCCAAAGAGUCACUUCAAUCGAUGGAAGCGAUCUGAGACCCCCCGAAGUUGAUGCGAAGGAUAUCGGCCACGCUACGGGUCACUCACUUCGUCGUGUGAUUAGCUACGAUGCCAUUCCACGUCCAGCCGAGGACUCACAAGCGACAGCACCAACGGGAGGAGUGACCCAGUAUAAGGUCUCGGUUGCUCGUCGUCUUGCCCAGGUUGUCAUAACGAUUGUCUCUUGUUGGGUAGCAUCGGGCAUCGUGUUUGGAUUUGCAGCGUUGAAGCCUGUUCUUGUGGACCAAGGCGUUUAUCGAGAACAUUGUUCCGCAGAAGAGCUCGAAGCAGGCGUUGAGCUAUGCUACGAGCAGGAUCUGAGACUCAAUCUAUUCUUUGCGAUAGCCUCUACGACUUGCAACUUUUCAGCACUUCCAGUGGGUACUCUGCUCGAUAGAUAUGGCCCACGUUUUGCAGCGACUAUUGGAGCUAUCUGCCUCGCUAUUGGAAGCGUCUUGAUGGCGACUGCGUUCCGGAUCCCAGAAUUUGACGGAUUCAUUGCUGGAAACAUCUUCCUUAGUCUUGGAGGUACUUUCAUAUUCGUUCCUGCCUUCCAAGUUGCGAACGCCUUCCCCAAAUAUUCUGGCACCAUCGUGGCCAUGGUGACCGGAGCGUUCGAUGCGUCGGCUGCCGUGUUCCUCUUCUUUCGGUUGGCCUAUGAAUCAUCUAAUGGCUCUUUCACGCCGCAGAAGUUCUUCUAUGGCUAUGUAGCUGUCCCAGCCGCUAUCCUAAUCUGCCAGUAUGCCGUCAUGAAUAAGGAAGGCUACAAGACAGUCCCGCAAUUGGAAGAGAAGAUCGAAAAGAACGAAGAUACCACACGAGAUGUCCACGACUCGGACGAAGAUCUCAGCGAUGGCGAAACUCGUCGCCGCCGCGCAGAGAGAGCUGAGCAUCGCGAGGAGAAUCUUCAUCUGUUAGACGAGGUUCUCGGUGACGCCAAAGAGCGACAGGCUCGUGAAAUCAAAGAAGAAGAACGACAUGCGGUGAGCGGUGUUUGGGGCAUCCUUCAUGGGAAGUCUCCACGCGAACAGAUGCUGUCUCCUUGGUUCAUCUUCAUCGUGCUGUUGACUGUUCUGCAAAUGCUUCGCAUGAACUUCUUUAUUGCCACAGUGCGAUCUCAGUAUGAGUACAUGCUGGGAUCGGCGAGAGCUGCGAGAAAGGUCAACGACUUCUUCGACAUUGCACUUCCAGUUGGCGGAGUUGCUGCGACCCCUUUCAUCGGUCUUCUCCUUGACCAUGUGAGCACUGCCAUGAUGCUGACGAUUCUUAUCGCAUUGAUCACGGCGGUCGGCAUUCUUGGGUCAAUUCCCACGUUGUGGGCCGCAUAUGCCAAUGUCGUGCUUUUCGUUCUUCUCCGACCCCUAUACUACUCAGCCAUGUCUGACUACGCAGCAAAAGUAUUCGGCUUUGCGACUUUCGGUCGAGUCUACGGCACCAUCAUCUGCCUGUCCGGCUUGGUGAACCUGUCUCAGCCACUCAUCGAUGCCGCGAACCAUGAUGUCUUCCACGACAACCCGAUCCCAAUCAAUGUCAUUCUGGCCACGCUGGGUUUCAUCUUUGGCACUGCUCUCGUGUUGUUCGUCUGGUACCAAGACCGCAAGUACCACGUGAAGCAGACCAAGCUGCGGGAGGCGACUGAGCGUGAUCGAUUGAUUCCCGAGGCUGAUGAGGAAGGGUAUUGA